AUGGGCCUCGACAAUUCCCAGGACCCGACUCAUGUCGAAGAUGAAAAGACACCACAACGAGCUCUUAGGAGACAACAAUCAGUCGCAUCUCGACGUCUGAGUGAAGCCCAGGCAAUGAAACUGGCUGAGGACGACAUUGCCAUCGUUGAUGAAGAAAUCGCAGAAUUCGAACCCGCCCUCGAAGCACAGCCGGUCAAGAGCUCCUUUCUCAAUCCGCAAAUUUCGUUCAAUGAUCCCCGCCACUUCACCUGGCUCCUUGUCGGGUUUGCUUCGAUGGGUGGGAUGCUCUCCGGCCUUGAUCAGAGUGUCAUCUCUGGUGCCUUGCUCUACAUGCCCGAAGAUCUGCAUCUCAGCACGUCCCAAGUCAGUUUGACAAGCUCUGCUGUGCCACUUGGCGCAAUCGGAGGUGCUCCUAUCCUCGGUCCCAUCAAAUGA